AGGAUGUGACGUUACGUCUACGCAACAAUUUUUAUUGGCUGAUUCUGGAUAGUGACGACCAGUCUGUAAAGGACCAAUGAACCGCCGGAGAGCGCCUCGUCGUAUCUCUCUCUCUCAGAGGAGGGGUGCACCAGCAGGAGGAGAAUGGAGACAGAGGAAAGGAGAACAGUGGCGAGGCCAAGGCAAAACCCAGGCGAGAGAGGUGGUGGAGGAGGAUGAGAGUUGUGAACAGCAUGGAAAAGAAGCCGUGCCCAUGGGGACCUGCCAGACCAUGUGCCCUGCUCGUGAGCUGCAGGACCGUGAGGUGCAGAACCGCCUUCACCGUUUUGAGAUGUUGGCAGGCACAGAAAGAGAUCGACGGCCCAGGGGAGACCCUUCGCGGGCUGUCAAAGAGUAUUCCAGACCUGCAGCUGGAAAAGACUCAACAAACCCCACUGACCUCCGUCCACCUGCUGUGUUGCUGAAGACGGUGUGUUACCUUAUUGAUGACAUUGCUGCGUCGCCUCACCUGCACCCAUGGACUGAGGUGUACAGCUUUGUCUUUGAUCGGCUGCGUGGCGUGAAGCAGGACAUGAUCAUCCAGAGGGUUUCUGGGUUGAACUGUGUGGCCAUUUUAGAGCGGACGGUGCGUUUCCUUAUCUAUACCUCUUAUCGGCUUUGCGGGGAGCCCCUGCGGCUCUACGACCCACGCAUUAACGACACACACCUACAGGAGAGUCUGAGCUGGCUGUUGGAUUGCUACUCAACUGAAACCGGACCGCACCCCAACCAGGAAGAGUUCCAAGCUCUUGGUCUGCUGUACAACUUGGGUUCAACGCGUGCCACGCAGCACAUCAUGGAGCUCUCUGAACGGCUCCGCAGAUCUCCGGCCAUCACCCUCGCUCUUUCCAUCAACCGAGCUUUUCUGGAGCGAAACCCUGUGCGUAUGCUCCGAUUGGCUCGGCGGUUGAACUUCAUACAGGGCUUUGCUCUGCACCGUCACCUGGUGACGUGUCGAAGAGAUCUGCUGCUAAUAUACAGCCACGGAUACUGCAGCCGCAACUGUCGCUUUCCUCUUGACCGACUGGCUCAGCUCUUGUCCUUAGACACGCCACUUGCAGCCCGACUCUGCCAGACGUACGGAAUGGAGAUUGAUCAGGGCAACCAAUUGGUUUUCUCCAAGGCUGCUUUCACUGAGCCGGAGAAGGGGAAACUGCAUUGUAAAAUGUAUCACAACAUAGUGGCAGAGAAACAGAGAGAACUCAGUAUUGGGAACAUCAUUCACGGUUGCACUUGACAAAUAAAAAGAAUAAAUGAGUAAAACAAGCAAUGCUUGGUACCCGUAGGGUUUGCUCCUAUUCCACCACAGGGAACUAGUUUAAUAACCCUUCUAGAACUAGUUUAAUAACACUUCUGCAUGGGUUUCAUUUUAGCUCAUUGGAGUUGAGCCUUGGGGCGUCUUUCUAGCACACAUGUUCAACAUAAGGGUCAGGGAUUGAAUGCUGUGCCAUGCUCCACCUGAGAGAGGCUGAACUCGGAGAAACGUCCCCUCUUGGUUCUGGAGGUGCUUUUUAAUUCUGAUCAUGGUCACUUGGUGCCUGGUUUCCAUUAAGAUGUGAAUUUCUUUUAUAUUGUUACUAGUCAUUUUACUGAUUAAAUGUUAUCUUAAUGUCAUAGUGUUAUUUUUUCAAAAUUUCAUGAAAUCUGCUGUGCAACGAUGUUUCAUUUUAUUCUUAAUAAUGCAGUACCUCAGAUGUAUUUAAAUAAAUAUUUUGUUACCUAAAAAAAAAAUGUCUUGGUCCUUCUUUGAAAUCAGAGACUUAAUGGCCUCUAAGCUCUAUUACCACUUGAGGGCAGUAGAUAUCUGUAGAGGGCAUCAACCUACUUUACUCCACAUUUGAAUGGAAACACGCAUUUUAUAACCCAACCAUAAAUGAUUUGCUAGAUUACAUUACAUAAACAUGAUCGGAAAGGAGCUGGAUAACGACUUAUUCUGCCAGUCUCAGAUGAGACAACAACGGAAAUAGACAAGAGUGUCGGUCCGUUAACAGCCACUUUUACAGAGGGAGAAACAAAAAGAGUCAAGUACAAAAAGAAGUGAUUAAAACGUAGGUGAUCCUACAAGUGUUGUGUUGUUUCUCCUAACAGUUUUUUUUAGUGAUUUUUUUCCAACGCAAAAGGAACCAGUUGUAGCCGGUCUUCAUCUUUUGAGAGGUCAACUGAACCGAACCAGUUGUAGCCGGUCUUCAUCUUCUGAGAUGUCAGCUGGAGCAGAAGUAUGCGCAGUGUGCAGGUAAUUUAUCGCUCCGAGCGGCGGCGAUGGGCUCCGGGCCGCUGCGCACACUGGGGUUAGUCAUGCUCUCGCAGCACAGAAGUGAGAGGAGCUAUUGAAGUGAAUGAAGUGCAGCCAGCCGCAGACCGCCUCCUGGUUCACUGCUGUAGGAGCAGGGAAACCAUAAAAAAACAAACAUCCACCGACUUAAAUGAGAUCACCAAGCACGAUCUGGGAAACAAAAGUGGCACGGAUUCUACAAACGUUUAUUUACAGGGACGUUUUCUUGUCGCUGGAGUGGGAGGACGCUUCCAAUUUGUAAUGCUGAAAUAUGAGAGAACGGAACCGGGGCGGGUGAAGGCACAUGGGAGAGGACUGUGCGUGUACUCGGGGCACUAAGAGGAAGAAAAAAAAAAAAAA